CCACACAAGAGCAACACUAUUAAUACAUGAUCACUUGCUAGUUUCUCUUGCAUUCCACGAUGGGUUCAUUAGGUAUCUCAGGUUUGGCACACUUGUUUGGUGUCUUAGCCUUCAUCCUCUUGCUUGUUUGGUUGUUGCAUUACCGCGAAGGAAUUGAAUAUGAUUCAGACAACGGAUUUCGUGUCUUCAAUGUUCAUCCAUUAUUAAUGUACUCGGGGUUCAUUUUCCUUGCUGGUGAAGGUAUGAUGGCAUUCCAAACGAUACCAAGCGAAAGGAGAGUGAGGAAGUUUGUUCACAUGGCAUUGCAUUUGAUUGCUAUAAUUCUUGGUGUUGUUGGUUUGUGUGCCGUUUUCAAGUUCCAUGAUAUGUCUCACAUUCCCCACCUUUACACCCUCCAUUCAUGGAUUGGCAUUGCCACCUUCUGCUUCUUUGGAUUGCAGUGGCUCUUUGGUUUUGGUGUGUUCAUGCUUCAAGGAGCUUCACCUGCUACAAGGGCAAAAGUGCUACCAUGGCACAAAGUUUUUGGAAGAGCACUGUUGUUCUUGGCAGUAUGUGCUGCAGAAACAGGACUUAUGGAGAAGCACAGUUUCUUACAACUGAAGCCAUAUCAGAGAGAGUCUUAUUUGGUCAACUUCACGGGCCUUGCCAUUCUCUUGUUUGGAGCUUUUGUAAACUUUUCUAUUGUCAUAUCUUAGUUUCCCACUCAUUCAUCAUAAAUUAUUUGGAUUCUUUUA